GCGGCGGCGGACGGGCAGGAAGCAAGGAGCCGGCCGGGCGAUGUGGAGCCGCCGCCUCGGCCCCUGCAGCAGCGGCCGCCGCCGUCGCCGCUGCUGCCGGGGCUGCCGCCGAGCCGAGGGACAUGGAGCGCGGCUGCAGGGCGCGGCCGCCGGCAGCAGCGAGCGUCGCAGCCACAGCGGAGCGCAGCCCGCCCCGUGAGGCGCGGCCCGGCCGGCGGCGGCGGCGGCCCCAGGGCGGCUGAGAGCCCGGCGUUGGCGUUGGCGUUGGCGUUGGCGUCGGCGGCGGCGGCGGCGGCGGCGUCCCGGUCGCGGCCUCCCGUCGCGCGUCGCGGGCCCUCCGUCCGUCUGCGCUCCUCGCCCAGCCUUCCCGGCGCCGCGUCGGCGUCCCCAGCGCGCGCGGCGGAGCAGCUGAGCCCGGGGCGGGGCGGGGCGGGGGCGGGGGCGGGCCGGCGCGCCGCCGAGGGCUCGGGGGACCGGGGGGCGCGUGCGGCCGCGGCGGGCGAGGCGCGGGGCGCAGGGCUGCGCGGCGGGGCCCCUCCCCGCUGCAGCCUGGCGCGCGCCGGCCGGGCCGCACCGCUGCGGGCUCGGCGCGCGCGGGCCAUGUCCGCCUUCUGCCUGGGCUUGGCCGGCCGAGCUUCAGCACCCGCCGAGCCGGACAGCGCCUGCUGCAUGGAGGUGCCCGCCGCGGCCCCGGACAACGCCGCCGCCGCCGCCGCCGCCGCCGCCCUCGUCUCCUUCCCCGGCGACCCCGGGGACCUGGAACUGGCGUUCGAGGAGGAGCUGGCGCUGCUGGCGGCCGGGGAGCGGCCGUGCGAGGCCGGGGAGCCGCCUGUGGCCGAGCCCGGGUCUCUGGCCGACGGGGCCGGACUGCACGCUGCAGCCGCCCAGGAUCCCGAGCUGCUGUCGGUGAUCCGGCAGAAGGAGAAGGACCUGGUGCUGGCGGCCCGGCUGGGCAAGGCGCUGCUCGAGAGGAACCAGGACAUGAGCCGGCAGUACGAGCAGAUGCACAAGGAGCUGACGGACAAGCUGGAGCACUUAGAACAAGAAAAACACGAACUAAGAAGAAGAUUUGAGAACCGAGAAGGGGAGUGGGAAGGGCGUGUGUCAGAACUGGAGAGUGAUGUGAAACAACUUCAGGAUGAGUUAGAGAGACAGCAAGUUCAUCUACGGGAAGCAGACCGAGAAAAGACACGGGCUGUCCAGGAGUUGUCAGAACAGAACCAAAGGUUAUUGGAUCAACUCAGCAGGGCAUCCGAAGUUGAGAGACAACUCUCCAUGCAAGUCCAUGCACUCAGAGACGAUUUUCGGGAGAAAAACUCCUCAACCAACCAGCACAUCAUCCGGCUGGAAAGCCUUCAGGCUGAGGUGAGUCUCCCUAUCAAGAUGCUGUCGGAUCGGAAACGGGAGCUGGAGCACCGUCUCAGUGCCACCUUGGAAGAAAAUGACCUGCUCCAGGGCACCGUGGAGGACCUGCAGGACCGGGUGCUAAUCCUGGAGAGGCAGGGCCAUGACAAAGAUCUGCAGCUGCAUCAAAGCCAGCUGGAGCUCCAGGAAGUGCGGCUCUCCUAUCGACAGCUGCAGGUGAAGGUGGAAGAACUCACUGAGGAGAGAAGUCUGCAGAGCUCUGCCGCUACCAGUACAUCCCUCCUGUCCGAGAUAGAGCAGAGCAUGGAGGCCGAGGAGCUGGAGCAAGAGAGAGAGCAGCUGAGACUGCAGCUCUGGGAAGCCUACUGCCAGGUUCGCUAUCUCUGCUCACACCUUCGGGGAAAUGACAGUGCCGACUCGGCCGUCUCCACGGACUCCUCAAUGGACGAGUCUUCAGAAACCUCAUCUGCGAAGGAUGUGCCAGCCGGCAGCUUACGCACUGCCCUCAGCGAGCUCAAGAGACUGAUACAGAGCAUUGUGGAUGGCAUGGAGCCCACGAGUGCCCGGAGAAUUGACGAUGACUCCUUAGAAGAACAGAUAAGGCAGACCAGUGAGGACUCAAGAGCCCUCAGGGAACUCAUGGAGGGGGAAAGGGGUAAACUGAGGCAAAGCCUGGAAGAGCUGCAACAACUCCACAGUCAGGUAACACUUCUGAGUAUGGAGAUGACUGCACUGAAGGAGGAGAGAGACCGACUCAGAGUAACAUCUGAGGACAAGGAACCAAAGGAGCAGCUUCAGAAGGCCAUCAGGGACCGGGACGAGGCCAUUGCCAAGAAGAAAGCUGUGGAGCUAGAACUCGCCAAGUGCAAAAUGGACAUGAUGUCUCUCAACAGCCAGUUGUUGGAUGCCAUUCAGCAGAAACUGAACCUCUCACAGCAGCUUGAGGCUUGGCAGGAUGACAUGCACAGGGUCAUUGACCGGCAGCUGAUGGACACGCACCUGAAGGAGCGGGGCCGGCCCGCCGCAUCCUUGGCCAGGGCCCCCGGCACCGAGGCCAGCACCGCAGAAGGCAGACGACUCUUUUCUUUCUUCAGGAAAGUUUGAAUUGAGCAGAUCCAGCUGUGGAGAUGGGUGGACUGAAAAGGGGUGUGUGCUCAGGCUCCCCUGGGCUGGGCGCCAUAGCGGCACUGCCUGCCUGCCCGAAUGCACGCACGCACGCACGCACACAGAAGGCCCCCUCCACAGGGACGGGCAGUGCGUCCCACCACCUAGCCAGACUUCCCCAGGGCCUGCUGCUGCUGACCAGAGCUCAGGCUGCCCCCCGCCCGCCCCACAGCCCCAGCUCCCAAUUCCAGGUGCUUGCUUCUGCUGCCCUCCUGCUUUGGAAGCUGGGAGAGAAGAAAUGGAAACCCCUCUCUGCGUGGCACAGGAGACCACUGCUACCCCAGCUGGCGCGAGCCAUGGGGGCCUCAUCCUGCAAGGCACAGGGCCCAGGCCUGUGCCCCCUCUGGCCCUCCCUGCCACGUACACGGAGUGAGGGAAGGAGGUGGCCUUGGCCCCACCUGCAUGCACCACAGCCGGCACCUCUGCAGAAGAGCCCAGCCUAGGGCCUGGCAGCCCCCCAGGUGUCGCUGUGCAGCCACACACGGGCUCAGCCACACACGGGCUCCAUUCAGGGGAGAAGGGCCCGGUCCCUGGCCACGUGCACCCUUCCACUCAGCAGGACCUCCCGGGUCCUCUGCAGGCUUCAGCCAUUCCAACCCACUUCACGGGGCUGGGAGGGAUCUCAUCCUCCCCUGCCCCUCCCUGCCACAUACGUGCGUCCUUGGCUCAGCCAAGCAAGAGCAGCCCAAUGGCCCAGAGGACUCCUCAGCCUGCUCCGCAUCAGAGGCAGUGUUGGCACCGCGAGCCAGCCCCCCAGCUGCGCCCAUCAGGCCUGCACCCUGCUUCUGCUCUCCGGCAGCCACCGCCUUCUGCUGAGGCCCAAACUCAAAGGCGCACAGGCCGUGAGCCCGCAGCUGCUUACAGUGGAUUCACCUCCCUCCCUGGGGAAAGCACAGCAGGACGCAGAAAGAAUGUACCUGUAGAUAUGUACAUACCACGAUGCUGUAAUUUCGUACGUAGUGAUCAUGUAAAUACAUGUAUGGGUUUUAUAAUAUACCUAUUAUACAUAAAUCUAUAAAGGCAUAUUUUUAGAAAAACAGCGCACCACUGCUUCUUUUGAAAAUAGUCUAAGAAUAAAAUGAAUUUCUACAGAG